UCAAAUGUGAAUACUUAACAGCACAGGACAGCAACUUAUCAAAAUGGAUCCUACUGAUGUUAAGUGGACUACAACUGAAUUUAGUCUUCAAGGAUUUGUGACCUCCUUCCGUAAUGCUUUUCCCAACCUCAUCAAGAUAACAGUGGGUUUCCUGGGGAAGCAGGAGAUAGACAGUGUCAGCUCCAGUACGGUUAUCAGAGUCCACUCUCACUGCGUGCAACAGAGAGUCGCUGCUGAAACCAAGAAUGGGAUACUUUUUUCCUUGUCCACUAAACUGACCAGGCUGAAAUUCCUGGUCUUAGGAGACAGACGCUCAACAAACUCUAAAAUGAUUCCUUUGACUCUGGAAGAAAUACUGGCAAGAUACAACCUCCCUCUUAGUGUCCGCUUAUCCUCUGCUUGUUCUUAUACACAAAAAGGAGAUCAGAAGUCACAAGAUGAAUUGCUUAGUGAACUGAAACUGCUACAAACGUAUGAGGAAAGUUUCCUGCUGGGACAUCAAAUUGACACGGGGAAGAUAUUUACUGAAGAUCCAAUAAUUAUUCCAAUGUACAUGAAAGAGCUAAGGCUGGUGGUGGCCAUGGGAUUCCAAAAUGGGGACAAUAUAAAGUGGAAAAUCGCAUGUGAUUCGUUAACUAGACAAGUGAAACACAAAGGAGACAUUACAGAUGUUACAUGUGAGGAAAUAUAUAUGCUAGAUAAAAAGAAUAUUUCUCCACAAGAGCCUUGCUACAGCACCAUAGAGCCAAUAUACAUUGACAUCAGUGAAGUGAACGAUAAGAACAAAACACCUCUGGAUAACAAAGGAAAAUAUAAUGUUUACCAAAUGCAUCCUGUACCAUUGCCAAAGCCGGUUGUUAGGAAUCAGUCUCAAAAUGCAGCAUGCACUGAAAGUCCGGCCGCAAAGAACUUCUCAUCCUUCAAUGACAUUCCAAAGGAUCUACGUCUUCUGUCUGUCAACCAGGUGUGCCAAUGUCUGAGAUUACUCAACAUGAAUCAGUAUGUGGAAGCUUUUCAAACAUCACAAGUGGAUGGUCAAAUGGUGUACGACCUUGACCCUGACAUGAUGAAGAGCUGCUUGGGCAUGAAUCAGCUUAAUGCUUUAAAAUUAUUGAAGUUUCGGGAUGGAUGGAGACCUAAUGUGCAAAACUAGUCACCUGACUUUCCUGGUAAAUAACUAAAGUUUAGCUUAUUAUUGAAGAAACUACUUAUUGUAAAUGCUUGUGCACAUAAUCAUUUCAGCAGAUUGCAGUACCAGGCAACUCCUAUCUACAUGCUGUGGACAUUUUCCCAAUAGAAACUAACCUGGAGUGCAAGACCCAUUCACUAGGCCGAAUAUUAUUCCAUGUGCAUCAAGCGCUAGUACCACUUAGACAUGUGCUGACCUCCAUUGACGGCAAUGCAUUUUCAUUCUUUCAGCAGUCCAGCACUGCUGCAGCAGUUCCCUUUGUAUUCAAUGGGAUUCUGCUGCACUAUGCACACAGCGGAAAUUUCGAUUCCGGUAUCCGCAGAAAGAACAACCCUGUCCAUUCUUUCUGCACGGAAUGCAUUGCCGUCUAUGAGAUGGCACAUUCCUGUGUGGUCCUAGUGCCGGUAUGUGAUGCCCGUGCUCGCAAUCUGCGGAAUGUCUUCACUGAGAUUUUCUGUGCGGACAUUCCAACUUGUGAACAUUUUUCCCCCUUAGGAGAUACACAGGGAAAUAAACAUCAGCAAAUCUCAACUCUCCAGCAAAAUCGCCAUAAUAUGGCCCUGAUUUGUCAAUACAGAAUUGCUGCAAAAAAUUCCUGCAGCAAGUCCAUAUCAUGUGCUUUUACCCUUAUAAAUAUGUACCACAUAAACCAUUGCUCAUAAAUAAAGCAAUGACCAACAUUAUUCUUUAAAAUGCUUUAUAUUUUACUUACUUGACCUAUGACUAUUGGUGAAUUUAGGUGUCCCCUAUCCCCCAGAGAAUAGGGGACUGGUGAAUUAGUGUGAUGUAUAAAUAAAUUCAGGAACAGAAACUGCAAUAAUAUUGUACUGAUAAAAAUGUAGAAUAUAUUUUAAUAAAUGUGUGGUUAAGAUUUCUGCAGACUACAUCAUAAGGCUAUGUUUCUAUAAAAUAUGUUAGCUGUUUAUUUAGCUGUAAACAGCUGGAAAAAAAUGACUGAAAGCAAAAAAAACUGAUGAAAAACUGUGUGGGAACAUAGCCUCAUGACUGCAGAUAAGACUGAAAAUACACACCAAAAAGCUGAGUGGACAAAGAAUUAUAAGGGAAUUCUCUUUUGCAUGAAGGCCAGGGCAGAGAGAGCUUCAUGUCGUGAAAUCACGUAUGUCACUACUUCAUGCUGCCCUCAUUUUGUCUACAUUAUUAUAUGUGUAUAUAUCUUUGGUUUACUCUGUUGUCAUUAAGGGGGUUAUCCAGGAAUAGAAAAACUACAUGUAUUUCUACCAAAACAGCACAACACUUGUCCUCUGGUUGUGUGUAGUAUUACAAAUUGGCUACAUGCAAUACCACACACAACCUGAGGACAGGUGUGGUUCUAUUUUUUAUUUCUAAUCCUGUUAUUUCUGGAUUUCUAAUCCUAGAUAACCCCUUUAAAGCAAGGGGUCCAUACACAUGUCCUGCCCAGGUGCCCUAUGCUAUCAGUGUUUCCCCCUGAACACUCUCCUUCCCUUCUGUGGCUAAUUCCUAUGGUCUCCUUUUUACAUAGUCCAAAAUGUAAUAAGACAUCACUGUAUCAGUAUACAGAACUGCUGAUUUAAAGGGGUAGUCUGGCAAAGCCAAAAAAAAUAUUACUUACCUCCCACGUUUUCCUGCUGCCUCCGGUAUCACUGCUCCUGGUCUCCACCACCUUCCACUUCUGGUCAUGGGGGUCAGUACAUGAAAGUGCCGCUCAGCCAAUCACUGGCUGAGGUGGGACACUACUGCGGCCAGUGAUUGGCUGAGUGGCAAUGUGAUAUAUUGACAACAGCCCUGUCUCUGCCAUGCUCCUCUUCCUGGUGUUGUGUGUCAGUAAGUCCCAAUGACGAUCAUUCAAACACUGGCAUCAGCGGUGUCCAGUCUCAGUCAGUGCAAACUAAGUGGCACUCAGAGAUUAUGACCCUCAGCUCCAGGAAAUGAAGUGUGGCGAAGCAUGGGAGGUAAGUAUACUUUAAUUUUUUUUUUUUUUUCAAGUAGGCAUAUCUAAACAUCUUUAUAGAAAAAACUCUUCCUAGGAGCACCCCUGUAAGUCCCAACAGGAUGCUGCUAAAUGUCAAAUUGGUCAUAGGAGAGAUUAGCAAAUGUGCUGUUACCAGAGACACAUGACUGAUACAUUACUAAAUGAUCCUUAUCUCCAGUAACUUAUCCAUAUGCAUUUUGCAAGAUGCUAUCAAAGAAUUAUAUAAUGAAAUGCAUUGAUAGUGAAAUUUGUUUAAUGUGAUAAAUACAUUUGAAAAUAUGUUGCAUAAUAUAAAUGAUUUUAUCCAAAAUGUAAUGUACA